AUGAUGAGCGAGCGAGGCCCGAAGCACUCCUGGCAGGUGGACCCUCGCGUCCCUACCGGCCAGCUCCAGCUCCAGCUCCAGCUCCAGCUCCAGCUCCAGCCCUACCGUGGCUCGACGCCUCGACACCUCGACACCUCGACACCUCGACGCCUCGACACCCCGACACCCCGACAUCCCCGACACCUCGACACCCCGACACCUCGACACCUCGACACCUCGACACCUCGACACCUCGACGCCUCGACACCCCGACACCCCGACAUCCCCGACACCUCGACACCCCGACACCUCGACACCUCGACACCUCGACACCUCGACACCUCGACGCCUCGACACCCCGACACCCCGACAUCCCCGACACCUCGACACCCCGACACCUCGACACCCCGACACCUCGACACCACCGCGCAUCGCCGUACCAACGCCAACCCCAGCGUCGACCGGCGUGCCCCGCCCCGACACUCGCUGCCCGCCCGCGACUGCAGCAAUCGCGCGCGCGCGCCCAUCUCGCCGUGCCUUCCCACACUUCGCUCUCCCGCCGCAACCCCACAUCGGCGUCGUCGUCCCGCACGAGGCUGUCCGCCAGCUGUCCACGGUCCGCCAGGCUGUCCACCACCACCACCACCACCACCACCACCGCUCUCCCUCGUCCCCGCGCCCGGUCACCGGCGACGGCAGCCCUCGGCCCGCCCAUGCGGCGCCUGUCUCGCUCCCAGGCCUGCGCCGCUUCAUGCUAGAGAAAUGGCGGCUUUCGUCAGGGUGUCCGGCCCGCCCAACUCCAACUUCCUCGUCGGCUACCCAGGCAUCUCCGCCACCCUGCCGCGCAUCGAGGGCAAGGUCGAGAUCCGGCCCCUCGUCGGCGUCUCGGCCCCCGUCAACGUCUCGCUCGUCACCAUCGCCCUGCACCGCCGCGAGACCAUCCACCCCUCGGCCGACUCGGUCACCAAGAAGCACCUCGCCGCCCCGCGCAAGGACAUGACCGACCUGGUCGGCAAGGAGAUGCUGCUGUUCCGCUGCUCCCCCGGCCGCGAGCACGAGAGCAUCCUGUCCAUGGACCUGCCCUUCAUCAUCUUCAUCCCCUACGGCCGCAGCGGCGACGAGGUGGCCCGCCGCGUGCCCCCCGCCAGCCUGCAGCUGCCCUCGCGCACCGCAGAGACCUUCUACGAGCUCGUCGUCACCGUCCAGCAGGGCCACAGCGAGCAGAAGAAAUACCCCUUCCCCGUCCCCAUCCAGCGCUACGACACCCUGUCCACCUUUGGCAUGUACAACCGCCCGGAGAGCGCCGAGCGCGUCACCGACCACCUCGUCACCCUCGGCAUCAGCCUGCCGCGCUGGAGCUACGGGCCCCUCGACCCCGUCUCCGUCUACAUCAAGCUGUCCCCCAACCCCGACUGGCUCUCCAAGGCGAAGCGCGUCACCAUCAAACACAUCACCGUCGGCAUAGACGAGGAGAUCAUCUUCAACCACGAGGGCGACGAGCCCACCCGCAAGGUCAAGACGCUCGCCAAGACAACCCAAGCCGUCGGCGUCAAGAUGCCCGAGGCCGGCUACUUUACCAAUCUCGGCCUGGUCUUUCCCGCAAAGGAUCUGCGGGACAACGAUGGCAUCGUACCGCGCGGCAAGAAGGAGUUUCCCAUGUAUGCUGUCAAUGGCUUCACAACAACAGGCACCCUCUACAAGAUCGAGUACUAUCUCACCGUCAAGGCACAGAUGAGUUCAGCACGAGACAUUCUCCUGAGACAGCCGAUUGUCGUCUGUCCCUUUGACCACGCCGGCUGCAAGGAGGAAAUGGAAGCCAUCGAGCAGGCAGCCAAGGACGCAGCGCACGUUGCCCCUGACAACCCAAUGCUGCCCGCGAGUCACAUCGUCAGGGCGAACGACCCCAACGGCCUGUCGAGUCUGGGCAUCGCGAUUGUGGGCGGCGUGAGGAAACCGCUGAUUGAAUGA